GCGGCCAUUCAGCCAGUCGAGGCAGUCGCCGGAUGCUCGCAGCUCGCUGUACGCGCGCGCACACAGCCAUGGGAUCUGCCGCCGGACAGCAGGCGGACAGCAGCCUCGUGUUCUUCGUCAACGGCAGGAAGGUUGAAGAUGGCGACGUCAACCCAGAAUGGACAUUGCUGUUUUAUCUACGAAAUAAACUGCGCCUGUGCGGGACGAAGCUCGGCUGCGGCGAGGGAGGCUGCGGCGCAUGCACCGUCAUGGUGUCGCACUACGAGCAGUCCUGCAACAAAGUCGUUCACCGGUCGGUGAACGCCUGCCUGGCCCCGGUGGCCGCCAUGCACGGCCUGGCCGUCACCACCGUGGAGGGCAUAGGCAGCACCCGCACCAGGCUGCACGCUGUCCAGCAGCGCAUAGCGGAGUCGCACGGCUCCCAGUGCGGCUUCUGCACGCCGGGCAUCGUCAUGUCCAUGUACACCUUGCUGCGCAACAACCGCUCUCCGUCGGUGCACGACAUGGAGACAGCUCUGCAAGGUAACUUGUGUCGAUGCACCGGCUACCGACCAAUCCUGGAAGGGUUCCUAGUCUUCACUGAGGAGUGGGAGAGGAGACAAGCCUCGCAGUAUGCCAAUGGCGUGAACGGUGUUAAUGGCGUGAACGGUGUGAACGGUGUGAACGGUGUCUGUGCCCUCGGCGACAAGUGCUGCAAGAAUAAGACGAAUGGUUCCGAAGAACAAGAGGAGGAACUGUUUAACAAGAGCCAGUUCACGCCAUUUGAUCCCUCUCAGGAGCCCAUAUUCCCACCUGAACUCAGAACGUCGCCGGAAGUGUACAGUCGCAGCCUGGUCCUGAAGGGCAAGCGAGUCACGUGGUACCGCCCGACCAGUCUCAAGGAGUUGUUGGCUCUGAAAGCUGCGUACCCGGAUGUCAAGUCACGUAUUGUUGUGGGCAAUACGGAAGUAGGAGUGGAGGCCAAGAACAGGAAGACCUACUUCCCUGUGCUAAUCCACCCCAACAAGAUCCCGGAGCUGCAGAGCGUGGCGAGACUGUCGUCUGGGCUGCGAGUGGGGGCGGCCGUCACACUCUCGGACAUGGAGAGCGAGUUGCAACUGGAGAUACGGCGGCAGCCCGAUUACAAAACCAGGAUUUUCAAAGAAAUAGUUGAUAUAUUGCAUUGGUUUGCUGGGAGGCAGAUCCGAAAUGUGUCGGCGGUUGGUGGUAACUUGAUGACGUGCAGUCCCAUUUCCGACCUCAACCCCAUCUACUUGGCGGCGGGCGUGCAGAUCGAAGUGCAGAGUCAAGAGCGUGGCGCUAGGAAGAUAGUCAUGGACAGCAGUUUCUUCACCGGCUACCGCCGUAAUGCUGUGCAGCCCGACGAGGUCCUUGUGGCCAUCACCAUCCCGUACUCUGCGAAGAAUCAGUACUUCCGCGCCUACAAGCAGGCGAGGAGGAGAGACGACGACAUCGCCAUCGCCAACAUGGCAGUGAGCGUGUGGCUGGAGCCCGACACGAGGACCGUGAAGGAUCUGGCCGUGGCCUUCGGAGGACUGGCGGCCACCACUGUGCUGGCUGGGUCCGUCCGCGACAAGGCGGUCGGCAGGCGGUGGGACGAGGCCACUCUGGAGGAGGUCUACUCGGCUCUGAUGCAGGACCUGCCGCUGCCGCCCGACGCGCCUGGAGGCAUGGCUCGCUACAGGCGCUCGCUGUCCCUCAGCUUGUUCUUCAAGGCGUAUCUCGCCAUCAGCAAGGACAUCGGGCACAGCAUACCUGCCUCCUACGAGAGCGCUGCCACGGGGUUCCACACUCUGGCGCCCAGGAGCUCCCAGUACUUCAGAGUGGCAUCCUCAGAACAGAAUGGCAGUGAUCCUGUGGGCCGACCAAUGAUUCACAAGUCAGCUGAGAAGCAAGCAGCAGGAGAGGCAGUGUACUGCGAUGACAUCCCGCGCUACCACAACGAGCUGUACCUGGCGCUGGUGCUCAGCUCCCACGCCCACGCCCUCAUCAAGUCCACCGACGCGUCCAGAGCGCUCCAGGUGGACGGCGUCGUCGCUUUCUUCUCAGCCAAGGACAUUCCUGACCACCACAACAGAUACGGCAUGCGCAACGAUGAAGAGGUUUUUGUUUCAUCUGAGGUGACAUCUCAAGGCCAGGUGGUAGGGGCCAUAGUGGCCUCGGACCAGACUACAGCCCAGGAAGCUGCGAAGCUGGUCAAGGUCGAGUACGAGGCGAUAGACGACGUGAUCGUCACUUUAGAGGACGCGAUACGGAGGAGGUCCUUCUUCGCCGGCUCGCCGAGGACCAUAGCGAAGGGCGACGUGAGGACAGCCUUCGAGCAGGCGGACCACGUGGUGUCCGGCGAGGUGCGCAUGGGCGGGCAGGAGCACUUCUACCUGGAGACGCACGCCUGCAUCGCCGUGCCGCGCGGCGAGGACGACGAGCUGGAGCUGGUGUGCUCCACGCAGAACCCCUCCGAGAUACAGAAGCAGGUGGCCGAGAUGCUGGGCGUGCAGUGCAACAAGGUGGUGUGCCGCGUCAAGAGGAUGGGCGGUGGCUUCGGCGGCAAGGAGUCGCGCUGCUCGCUGCUGGCGCUCCCGGUCGCCUGGGCCGCGCACAAGCUCGGCCAACCGGUGCGCUGCAUGCUGGACAGAGACGAGGACAUGAUGAUCACAGGCAGUCGCCAUCCCUUCUUCGGCAGGUACAAGGUGGCUUUCUCCAGCCGAGGCCAGCUGCUGGGCUGUGAGAUGGACAUUUAUAACAAUGCCGGAAGCACCAUGGACUUAUCGCAAUCUGUGCUCGAGAGGGCGAUGUUCCACUUCCAGAACUCAUAUUUGAUACCAAAUGUGAAAGUCACUGGCUAUGUUUGCAAAACAAACCUACCUUCCAACACAGCUUUCAGAGGAUUCGGAGGACCGCAGGGAAUGUUUUUUGCCGAGAACUUGAUAAGAGACGUGGCUAGGUUCUUGGGAAAGGAUCCUAUUGAGGUGGCAGCAAUGAAUCUGUACAAGGAUGGGGAUUCGACUCACUUCAACCAACCUCUAGAGAACUGCACUCUGAGGAAAUGCUGGGAUGAGUGUCUGCAGAGGUCUAACUUUACCUCCAGAAAAGCGCAAAUAGAAGCUUUCAAUAAAAAAAAUCGCUGGAAGAAAAGAGGAUUGAGCAUGGUGCCGACAAUGUUCGGGAUCUCAUUUACUGCGCUGUUUCUGAACCAAGCCGGGGCCCUGGUGCUGGUGUACGAGGACGGCUCCGUGCUUCUGACGCACGGCGGCACAGAGAUGGGACAAGGCCUGCACACCAAGAUGAUCCAGGUAGCAAGCAGGGUGCUGGGGAUCCCCCACGACUACAUCCACAUCUCGGAGACAGCGACGGACAAGGUUCCCAAUACGUCACCGACGGCAGCGAGUGCUGGUUCCGACUUGAAUGGAAUGGCCGUCCUGUAUGCCUGUCAGACCAUCGUUGACAGACUCAAGCCAUAUCGAGAAGCCAACCCGAAAGGCCAUUGGAAAGACUGGGUGAAGAAAGCAUACUUCGACAGAGUUAGCUUGUCAGCAACCGGAUUUUACAGAACUCCUGGCAUUGGUUAUAAUUGGGAAAAAAAUGAAGGCUGCCCAUUUUCGUACUUCACGUACGGCGCGGCGUGCUCGGAGGUGGAGAUCGACUGUCUGACGGGCGACCACCAGGUUCGGCGCACGGACAUCGUGAUGGACCUGGGCGAGAGCCUGAACCCGGCGAUAGACAUCGGCCAAGUGGAAGGAGGCUUCGUCCAAGGCUACGGUCUCUUCACACUCGAGGAGACGCUGCACACUCCCUCGGGAGCCGUCUUCACCAGAGGCCCUGGCUUCUACAAGAUCCCUGGCUUCGCCGACAUCCCUGCCGAGUUCAACGUGUCGCUGCUCAAGGGCGCGUCCAACCCUCGAGCCGUGUACUCCUCCAAGGCUGUGGGUGAGCCCCCGCUGUUCCUGGCCUCGUCCGUCUUCUUCGCGAUCAAGGAGGCGAUAUCAGCGGCGCGAGUGGAUGCCGGCAAGGAGGCGUGGUUCCGCCUCGACUCUCCUGCCACGGCCGAGAGGAUCCGCCUGGCCGCCGCCGACCACAUCACAGACAAGUUGCCUGAAGCAGAACCAGGAAGCUACAAACCGUUUUUCCUGAAAGCAUAAGUCGCACUAUGAUAUGACGUUUCGGCAGUGCCAUCGUACACAGUUACGAAGUGCAUCGGGCAGAAGAUACCUGCAUGUGGGUAUUUGCUUACCACCUUCUACGACACUGCUACUCUACAAAUAAUUCCAACUUUACUCAUUGAAGACUCACGCUGUGAACAUUUUUGUGUCAAUUUGGGGAAAUGUCACCGUGUUUUAUCAGUUCCAGUAUUUGCUUUCUGUGUAUAUGCAAGUUAUAGAUGGAACAUUUAAAGUGUGUAUGGAAAAAAACUUAUUUUUUUCACAAAUUUCUUGACAACAUAUUUUAUACACUUGUGUAAAAAUUGCUAAGAUUAUUUUUUUAAACAAAUCUACCAAAAAUUUUUUCGCCUUAUUCAUCAAAGUACAACAGCUAUAGAUAGCAAUAAUGUAUCUAUUUUUUCUUGUAAUUUGUUUUACAGAUUGUAUUAAAGAACUAUAAUGCAAUAAAAUUAUAUGUAAUAAAAGUAUUUAAAUGUUAUAACAUUGUUCAAGGCUUUGAAUUGUCUUUUUUAUUAAUUAUCCUUUAAAAUUUAAUGAAAAUUUUAAUGAAUUUUACCUAGAAAUAAAAAAUUUGUUUUAUAACACAUGCUAAUAAAAAAGGUGAUUCCGAUAGUUUUGUACUCAAAGAUCUUGCAUAACUUUUCCAAUAUAACAAGUUAAUUUACUAAUUGAAUCUUAAAUAAUAAUUUUUUACUAGUAAAAAGUAUUCAUAAUUUAUUUUCGAGCAUUUUUCAUUAAAUACUAUUUUAAGGAA